AUGGCUUUCACUAAAAUCGCUUUACUAGCAGCUCUCGCAGCUUUUGCUUCUGCCCAAACUCAAGCAGAAAUCGACGAAUUAAACGUUGUUUUGAACGAUGUCAAAAGUAACAUUGCUGACUACAUAUUGUUAUCUCAAGAUCCAACUUCUGGUUUCUCCUUGGCCAAUAUGCCAGCUGGUGUUUUGGACAUUGGUUUCGAGUUGGCUUCUGCUACUGACGACUCCUACACCAGUUUAUACUCAGAAGUUGACUUCGCUGCCGUCGCCACUUUCUUGACCAUGUUGCCAUGGUACUCCUCCAGAUUGGAACCUGAGAUUGAAGCCUUAUUAGCAAGUCUUUCUACUUCUGCUGUCACUUCUUCCGUUGCUGCCACCUCAUCUGUUGUGGCCUCUUCUGCUGUUGCCAGCUCUUCCGCUCCAACCACUUCAUCUGCUGUUGUCUCUUCUGCCGCCAGCUCUUCUGCUGCUGCUUCCUCAUCUGCUGCUGCCAGCUCUUCUGCUGCCGCCAGCUCUUCUGCUGCUGCCAGCUCUUCUGCUGCUGCCAGCUCUUCUGCUGCUGCCAGCUCCUCUGCUGCUGCCAGCUCCUCUGCUGCCGCUUCAUCCUCUGCUGCUGCUUCCUCAUCUGUUGCUGCUUCAUCAUCUGCUGCUGCCAGCUCAUCUGCUGCCGCUUCAUCCUCUGCUGCUGCUUCCUCAUCUGCUGCUGCUUCAUCAUCUGCUGCUGCCAGCUCAUCUGCUGCCGCUUCAUCCUCUGCCGCUGUUUUAUCUUCAGCUCAAGCUGCCAACUCUACUGUUGCCAGCUCUUCUGCCAAGACUUCCUCCGCUGCCAAGAUUUCCAGCUCAGUCAUUGCUCCAUUUAACUCUACUACCGCUGCUGGUUCUUCUACUUCCAGUAUUGUUAUCGCAUCUAGAAACGGUACCACUGUUACUGAAACUGCUAACACUGUUGUCACCAAAGAAACUACCGUCUGCGACUACUCUUCCACCUCUGCUGCCGUUCCAGUUACCACAACUGGUUACAACAACUCUACUCAACCAAAGGUCUCAACUACCACUGUCUGCAGCACAUGCAAGGAAGGUACCUCUACCGCAACCGAUUAUUCUACGCUAAAGACUACAGUUACCGUCUGUGACUCCGCUUGUCAAGCCAAGAAGUCUUCUACUGCUAUCAAGGUACAAUCCGCAACCACUGGUAUCAUUGAACAAACCGAAAAUGGUGCUGCUAAGGCUGUCAUUGGCAUGGGUGCCGGUGCUUUGGCCGCCGUUGCUGCCAUGUUGCUAUAA